GUUAUUGGGAAUACUACAUCAUGAGUAGCCACACAAUCACAGACACACUACAGGCAGAAACUUCAAACAUCUUCGAUUUCCAAAUGAAUUACUCCAUCUUCCACUCCCCGAAUUCUGAAACUUCUUCCGAGUUUUCUUGGGAUGCUCUCGAAUUCGGAAACAUUUCUCUUCCUUUCGAUGAAAACGACUCCGAGGAAAUGCUUCUCCUUGGGAUGCUUUCCAACACCUCAUUUGAAACAGAUACACACAACUCAGCUGCCUCAUCCAACCCCAUCAAGGAAGAAGAAGUAAGCUCCAGUUCCGUGUCGGAAGACGAUAACCGGAAAACCCCGAAGAAGGAGAAGUCCUACAGAGGGGUCAGAAGGCGGCCGUGGGGCAAGUUCGCCGCGGAGAUAAGAGACUCGACCAGACAUGGGGUAAGGGUUUGGCUAGGGACAUUCGACAGUGCUGAAGCCGCUGCUUUGGCUUAUGAUCAAGCCGCCUUUGCGAUGCGGGGCAACACCGCCGUGCUCAACUUUCCGGCGGAGAGAGUCCGGGAGUCUCUUCGAGACAUGAACUGUGCUACUUCGGAUUUGGACGAAGGGUGUUCGCCGGUGGUGGCGCUUAAACGGAAGCACUCGAUGAGAAGGAAAAUGGGGAACAAGAAGAGUAGAAUGGAGAGAGAUAUGAGGUUAGAGAAUACUGUGGUGGUGUUCGAAGAUUUAGGAGCAGAUUACUUGGAACAACUUCUGAGUUCAUCUAGUGCUUAGACUCUAAUUGGUGAUUAUUCGAACACUUCCAUUUUUAUUUCCGAUCAAUAUAUCGCCUUCGUGUAAUUCCGUCACUUCGAAAUCUUUGAAUAUCUCGAAUUUCUUGUUCUUUGAUGUAAAGUUUUCAAGUAGAUAAGGAGUGACGUAGUAUUGUACGCAAGUGUUUGUGGUGGGGGACUUCGAUUAAGUAUAGGAUCUGAGAUUACACU